UGUGAUUCGCACACAGCUCUAGAGGAGCGUGGGAUUAUCAGAGGACAUGGCGAUGAGCUCUUCCUCCCAGAGAGUUGGAGUUGUAGGAUAUGGACAUCUAGGGCAGUACCUGGUGGAGAGGAUCCUUAAAGAUGGAGCUGCUCUUGGUCUCACUCUGGCUUUUGUUUGGAACAGAAAUUCAGACAAACUCAAAGGUUUAGUCCCUGAUGACCUGAUACUCAGCAACCUGUCGUCCUUUGCAGAGAGGCGCUGCAAUGUGAUCAUAGAGGUUUGCCAUCCACAGAUAGUUAAAGAAUUUGGGCCUCUCUUCCUGUCUCAGUCUCAUUUCUUGGUGGGCUCUCCCUCGGCUCUCUCUGACCCCGAUCUGAACCAGCAGCUAUGUCAGGCGGCUCAGCAGUAUGGAAACACGCUCUACGUCCCAAGCGGUGCAUUAUGGGGAGGCCAGGAUAUCCAGAGGCUGAAUGAUAGCGGGGGCUUGAAGGCGUUGUUUAUAAGGAUGUCCAAGCAUCCGUCCUGCUUCCGUCUGACAGGAGACGUCCUCUCUGAGUGGACAGAGGGAGAGGGCAGACGUGUUUUGUUUAAAGGCUCGGUGGCUGAGCUGUGCCCUCUCGCUCCAAACAAUGUGAACACCAUGGCAGCAGCGGCAGUAGCAGCAGGAUCACUGGGCUUCACAGGUGUUCAGGGGGAGAUUGUGUCUGAUACAGCGUUAAGUGAUUUUCAUGUGGUGGAAGUGGAGGUAACCGGCCCUGGAGGCUUCUCAGUCCAUACUGUAAGGAGGAAUCCAGCCAAACUCGGAGCUGUUACUGGCAGUGCAACAUACAACUCCUUCUGGAAUAGUUUACUCAUUUGCAAAGGUCACGGGGGCCGAGUUUACCUCUGCUGAAUCAGAUGCUGGAUUUACAUCAGCACAACAGGAAGAUCCACGUUAAAACUCCAGAUAUAUCAGGAGGCUUACAGAGGAUAAGAUGUGUGGAUGAUUUCCCAGGAUCAGUAUCCCACUAAGAACAAAACCUUGGAUUUGUGUGUUUCAAUAAAGUGCAUGCAUACAAAGAAAGAAGAGCCUGAGAUAAUUUGUAAAACACAAACAGGUACAUAUAUUUAAGCUUUAUUAUAAGUUCAUCUG